UCGCAGCAUCGAGAGAGGCAGCAAACGCUGCAGCUAGGGAACAGGUUGCAGCAGCAGCCAGGGCAACAACCAUGUCUUCUGCAGCAACAUCCUCCACUGCAUCUUCUGUUGUCUCCUCGUCUGGACCCCAGUUGGGAAUGCCAACAGGGUCCGCGGGCACUUCCAGUUCAGUAGGAUCACGUCAGUCUACAAGUCAAAUGGCGGGCUCGCAGUUCAGCCCGUUGACUCCUCGCGAAAGGGAGCUCAGGGAGCUCCAACAGGUCGAAAGGAUCCGUGAAAGAUUAGAGAGGGAACUGAAACAAGCUACCGACAGAGAAAGGGAAAUCAAACUUAGAACAACUAGGCUUGAUACAUUAGAGGCUGACAAAGCUGAGUUAGAGGGUUUGGAUGACUCAGGAAUGAAUGAGCCCAUGAAAGUCAUGAGGAACAACAUGUUGUCGCUGCAUGCGCACGUGGACAGCAGGUUGGACUUUAUGCAGAGCACUCUAGACCAGAUCCUGGACGCUUUGACAAGUCCAGGAUUUAGGCCACCAGCACAAUCGGCGUUGCCGUUAUCGGCGAUGUCAGGCCCCUUUCCAGUUCAAGCUGGUACACAACCAAGUGGUACGUCUGCAGCAGUCGCACAGACUGUUGCAUCUUCUUCUUCGGGUCCAGCGGUGGGAGCUACACCACCGCAACAACCUGUUCAGCAAUCUGGACAGCCGCAGGGGCAAUGGUAUCCUAAGACCCCAAUGAAACCGCCUCUUGCCUUCUCAGGCGAGAGAAAGGACGAAGAGCUCAACACUUGGUUGAGGACAGUCCCGGUUUGGGUGAAGGCCAAGAGGACCUUGCUGGAGGACGAAGUGGUUACCGCUGCAUCUUACCUCGAGGGUAAGGCAGCCAAGUGGCUAGAUGGUGUAGUUGUAAAGGCUAGGUACGGGCGACGUAUGGCGGACUGGGCUAAGUCUUUAACGUUAGACCAGUUCAUAGAGAUGGUAGAAGCUCGAUGGCAUAAUCCACAGGAGGCACAAAGAGCCACUGAUGCGAUUAACAAGUUAGACCAACGAAAGUUCAAGUCGGUUAGAGAGCUUACGACUACCGUUGAGAGCCUGAUCCUCGUUCCAGGCAUCAAUUACAGUGACCAGUUCCUGUUAACUACGUUUGUUAGAUGUCUUCCAGAGAACAUCAGGAACUUGCUGGCCAGUGAGGCACGCAUCGAGUACCAUUCGUUUGAGACAUUGUCUAGGAAAGCCUUAGAUUUAGAGGCCACUCUAGGCAAUGCCCAGCCCUCCCAGAAUGACACGAAGAAGAAGAAGAGUCCUCAUGAUGUGCUGGCUCAACAGGAUGGGAAAAAGUUGAGACCGAUUGAGUACAUGAGCAAGAAGAUGCCAUCGAAGAAGUUGGCAAAGUCCACCUACGAAAGGGAACUCUAUGCUCUAUACAAAGCACUUGUCCAUUGGAGACACUUCCUAUUGGGAAGGUUCUUCUACUUUAGGACUGAUCAUCAGACCCUCAAAUGGAUCAAGAGUCAACCGGCUCUUUCUGACACACUCAAGCGAUGGAUUGAGGUCAUAGACCAAUAUGAAUUCAAGCUUGAGUAUCUGAAGGGAGAGUAUAACAAGGUUGCUGAUGCGCUAUCACGUAGAGCAGACUACCUAGGUGCGCUAGUUUCUGACUUUGGCGUAUCUGAAGAAGUAACUCAAUCAUUGGUGGGAGCCUAUCAGGAAGACCCUGUCAUGAUGGACAUCAUGCGCAAACUUCAGGCUAAAGACAAGGCCACGGAAAGACAGAGUGUUUCCAUGGAUUUCAUGGACACCCUGGUGACUAGUAAGAGUGGCAAGAGGCACAUCUUCGUCAUCAUCGAUCGAUUCACCAAGUACGCUAGACUAGUGGCUAUGCCAGAGACCGCAAGAAUUGACUAUGUCAUCAAGUUGUUCAAAGACAACUGGGUGCGUGACUUUGGUUUACCAAAGUCAAUCGUUAGUGACCGAGAUGUCCGAUUUACAAGUGAGUUGUGGAAGAAGACUGCAGAACAGAUGGGCAGUCAACUUCAGAUGACUUCAGGGAAUUAUCCCGAAGCCAACGGACAAGCCGAGCAAAUGAACAAAGUUGUACAACACCUGCUGAGGCAUUACAUCAAGCCCAGCCAGGAUGAUUGGGAUGAGCAGUUGCCUCUCAUCGCCAGCCUGUACAACAAUGUUGUCCACAAUAGUAUCGGCGUUAGUCCUAAUCAACUUCACUUGGGAUGGAAGCCUAGAUCAGCAUUAGACUUCCUCCUACCUGAAAACCGACCCGCUGCAACUUCAGGCACACUUGAGUAUGGUGUGCAGUAUGAGAAGUUGCUGCAAGAAGUUGUCGAGCACAUAAAGAAAGCUCAGCAAGCAAUGAUUGCUUCUGAGAAUCAACACCAUAGAUAGCUUGACCCGCCCCAUCCGAAGAUGAGUGCUCAGACUCUGCCACACCGAAAGGCAACAAAAGUGCACGUAGGACAAGGUGCCCAGCUUGUGGAGGAUGAGGAAAAGCGUAGAAGCAAGCUCAUGGAUCCAAAGCGGGGUGAGCAGCCACGAAUGGAUACACUCCUUGGGAAAGCGAAUUUCAAAAGGUAUAUUCCAGCGGAUGACGUCGAGCAAACGGAGGCAAUGAAGCUCAGGAGGAAGAUUGUUGAGAAAUGUGCAAGUGACGGAAGGACCACAACACUUGCCGAGUCAUUCAAAAAUCUUGAAUCCAAAGCAAAGGAUGGAAAGAUAAGCCCCGAUGAUUUCAAGGCAGGACUACGGGAUCUUGAUAUAAGGCUGAAACCUGAAUUUGUCAAUUUUCUGGUCGAGAAGUUUGACACCGAUGGUAGUGGGAAGGUUGACAUCAAGGAGUUCAAGGAUGACAUUGAAAGAAGCAUAGAUUUCUUCACCUAUGGGAAAUUCUUGGAGAGGCGAUUCAUAAAUGACGACCAAAUGGAUGAUACAGUCAAGGAGGAGAUAGACUACAUCACGAAGAAAAUCCUACCUGGAAGGUUGAUAAGAAGAAGAUCAAAGGAGCCUAUUCCUGGCCAAAGUCCAACUGUAGGAGAUCCUGCUGAAGCUCAUACACAGUCUCCAGAAGAGAUUGCGUACUAUGACAGAAGGCGUGAGGUGGACCAAAUACUGGAUCGUCACCUGGGCGAGAGAACACUAGCUGCGCUUCGUGACCUCAGUAAAACACGGGCAAAAGCAAUGGUGCAGCAAGCGGUCACAGUGGAUGACGUUCGCACGGCACUUCUGCGAGCCAAAGGGGAGUUAACGGAAGACCUGGUUAACAAUGUUCUUCAUGCCUUCAACAAGAAUGCCUCAAACAGGUCACUUGAAACUGCAUCCAGGGAUAGAUUAUCUGACAGGUUCUCCUCACCGAACGCCGUGAAACACAUCCCCGUGUCCGUGAUUCGAGUCAAUCCUAUCUGGAACAACCCUCUGAAGGAGCAGCGGAGGAUCCUUUCGGACUUGAAACGAACGCUUACGGGGCCAACUCUCCCACACGAAUCGAGUUACGUCACGCGCCAAAAGAGAGCCGAUCGGGACGCAGAGAUCGAAUGUGUUCGGGGCCUCAAGGACAUGACCAUAGAGCCUCAGCAGCCAGUGGGGGAAACCAAUCAGAAUCCCACCGGCGGUCAGCCACCAGAGAAGCAAUCAACAAGUCGCAGCAGGACACCCAGGCAGGGCAAAAAGAAGUCGAGGAAUGCAACUCCUACAGCAAAGACGGGGAAGAGCUUUACGAACAAGAAACCUCAAUAGGAUUACUUUGUCUCUCCCACAGAAACAGACACUAACUUUGCUGAUACCUAUUUUUUGUGCGGCGGAGCGUCAGCCUUGAGCCAUACGUGACCUACAUCUGGGGUGAAGUUCUACUAGCAGCGUUGAGUUUCCUCAACGUCCGAACAUGGACGUGUUUGUGGAGAUGUGCAGAAAAUC